AUGAGCCCAGUCCAUACGCAAGACUUCUGGCUCUUUGGCUAUGGGAGCCUGAUAUGGAAGCCGCCUCCACACUUUGACCAGCGGAUUCCAGGAUAUAUCAAAGGUUACGUUCGGCGCUUCUGGCAGCAACGCCAUACAGAGGGAGACGUGGUAUGGGGUGUGGCCUAUCAUAUCAUACCCUCGAAAGUGAAAGAAGUCCAAGAGUACCUGGAUAUUCGCGAAAUAAACGGAUACAGUAUCCAAUACACCCCUUUCCACCCAGCGGACACUUCGCUCGCAGAUCUUCAUUGCCUGGUCUAUAUCGGUAUGCCCGACAACCCUCAGUUUCUCGGCGCUCUUCCGCCCCACGAAGUGGCAGAAACGAUCAAUGCCAGCAUUGGUCCAAGUGGGGAGAAUAGAGAGUACCUUCUCCACCUCGAACAGGCCCUGAAGGAACUGAGUCCAGACAGCCACGAUGAACAUAUCACGGACCUUGCCCGACGGGUCCGAGCUCUCACGCCACCUCUUAGAAGCUCGCGCCGCCAGUUUGCAUCCGACAACGCCUUGCGUAAAAUCAACAGUACUGAGGAGCAGGAGGAGAUAGAGAAGGAAGUAUGA